AAAUUGUAUGGCAUCAGUUGAAUAGCUAUCUAAGGUGGAGGAUCAUGAACAGAUACCCUAAGUUGAUUCUUCAACUCCAUCACAUGAAUCAGAUUCUUCAGACUCUUCCUAUGAUUUCGCGUAAGACUUAAACCAAAAGCCCUCCUUCAAGAGAUCUCCAGAGGAGGAAUAAGAGCUUCUGUAUAAAUAUAGAGGUAUGUUUUAAAAAAUGAAACAAUAGGUAAGCAUGGGCUAAAGUAUGCCAAAAUAUCAAAUGAACAACGACAGAAGCUAAUAAAAUAAGUGACAACUACCGGCUGUACCAUAAAAAGCGCAGCUAAAGAAUUAAAUAUCAAUUUUUCAACUGCUAAGGCAAUUAUGCAGAUCUAUAGAAAAGAGGGUCGAACAUCAAAGAAAAUCAAGAGGGAUAACAAGAAAACACUACCCACUAAGUAAGAAAUUCUCAACCAAAGUAUUUACAAAUUUUUAAAUUUUUAGCCACUUCUGAUAAACCAAAUUAUGGUGAAUAAAGACAGACAAAAGUUGAUGUAGUCCAAGAUAAUUUGGAAACAAAUCUUUAUCAACAAGCAGAAGAGACUAAUAGGAAUUAGGCUCUAUUAAUUUAAUAAUUGAAUACGUAGGUAAAUAAACUCAAUUAAUGAAUUUUAGAAUAUGUUAUUAUCCGGCAGAGUACAGUAAUUGCAAUAGGAAAAAUAAUAAUUAACUCAAAACUUCUCCUAUCUAACUUAUUAAUAUAACCAAUUAUAAUAGAUGGUAUAAAAACAUAAAAUAUCAUUCAUAGAUGUCUCAAAUGGUGCCUUCGUAUUAUCGACCUUAUCCUUGA